AUGAGACAAAUAAUUGGGCUGAUAAGAGGUGUAAACAAGCGUUUCGUCAUGCUAUUUGGAACCGGUGAUCUAGAAAUGGUACGGCUCUUAGUUGAAGCUGGCUAUUCUAUCACCAAUAAGAUCAGCGCGAGUGAAGGUCUAGUUCUUUACGCAAUGAAGUACAGAUGGACACACAUAGUAAAGUUUUUUAUCGAUGCAGGUGGUGAAGAGAUUGAUCCUUGGGACCUAGAAACAUUUGCAUCUGAUGAUUUCAGAAGUGGACAUUAUCCUUUUUUGAAAACGAAAACACCAGAACGGCUUUGGCAUGUUCAGGGAAAAUACUAG